AUGGCUUUUUUCGCCCUUCUAUGGAAGGCGCGAACAAUCGAAAAAUACAGACUAAACUAUGAAAGAGAAAAAAUCAAUUCUAUAGUGUUGGGAAAUACGCAAAUGGAACAAACAUUAUCCCAAAGAUGGAGCCACUAUAGACGUGAUACAAAAAAACGGAUUUCAAGAACAUUCAAGAAAUGGUAUCCUGAGGGCAGUAGUGUUGCAAAUUUUUUCUUGUAUUUACGAACGGAUCAGACAUUUCCCAACUUUCUGUUGAAGAGUGUGAUGGGAUUUGUGGGCGGCAUAAUACUGACGUACUUGUGUUUUAUGUUUUUCGUCUUCCAGCUCUCCAUAUCUCUCAUCCAUGCUACCAUCAUGAGUUCCAUCAUUGGAGUUCUUCUUACCUUAGGACUGGCUUUCAGUUACAGAAUAAGAUGUUUAGUAUUCCUGCUGAUCCCUCAAUUUUUCUCCCGCGUCGGAAGAUACACUCUGACCUGCUAUGCCCUGGUUCUCAUCCUGACAGGACCUGCUACUAAUACCUUGAAGAACUCGGAAGUACUAUCUGAAUCUAUGGCUUGUUCUCAAGAACAAAUAAAAGCAAGCGUGCACCAACUGAAUGACCUGAUGAAGAAACCGUUCACCACUAUGAAAGACUCACUGAAGGUGAUGGUGGACCGGCUGAAGAUGAUCACGGCAAAGGUGAAGGAAACAGUCGUGGAACUCGAUCGAUUGGUGCUAAGUAUCGUAAGCAUCAUCCAGUCUUCAUUCUCCUGGCUACAAUCAGUAGCAGACAUUUGCAACGCUCAGCUUGGAACACCAUACGAGCGUUGCAACAGUGCCAUGAAGGAAGGCAUAUCUGACUGCAAGAAGCACGUAGGCCCUGGGCUCUCAAAACUAUGCGAUGUGGCCUAUGUGGCUCAAGCUGCGUGCUAUUCCGUGAAACCCUUCAAAGCGUUUUGUUACGCUACCGACUUUAUGGAUGAAGCGAUUCUGGCGAGCGUUAAGAAGAAACUAAGAAACUUUAGUGAGCAUCUCCGAGCAAUGUUCCAAGUGGAAGUCCAUAUGCAUCACUCGUAUUCGUACAGUAGCAACACCAGCCGGUCUGCCAGCCAAGUGGCUGCUGGCAUCGUCACUGAGAUCAGGAACAGAGCUGAUCCCCUGCUCACAUGGCUCUCUUGGAGCUCUUGCGUCACCAGCUUGUUCUUGCUGCUUAUAAUAUUCAGAGCUAAAUACUACCAGCACAUGUACGAAACUCGAUCUCGUUUCGACAACCGUUACGUCACCAAGGAGUUGCAAGAGCUGGACUUGAAGAGACAGCGGCAGGGAAGGGAGACUGUACUUCCAUUGAAUAGGAGAGAGCGAGCUAAGUAUAUCAAUACGACGUCCUUUCGUCUAGUAGCUUCAGAAAAAGUAUACCUGAAUCGUUCAGCAGUGUUCAUGGCGAUCACUACCUUCAAGCUGCUGAUACACAUGGUGGCUGACUACAGCCUCUACUGGGUUCUGAUGACCAUACGUUACCAUGGGAGCUAUCAGACGGAAUUGAUGCCUGGUAUCCCCCACUCAGGAGCCCAUGUAUCUGGCAGUGGCUAUGUGGCGAGACUGUUCAGCUCCAUCAUAGGGAUCCUGGACAUACCGCUCUCCUUCCCAGCACCUUCGCCCAUAACCUGCCUGCCUGACCCCUACCCACCUGAUUUGCGAAGAUAUACACAGAUUGGAGUUCUCAUCUUCCUUCUAUGGUUCUUCGCACUCUUCGAACCGUAUGGUCUUCGGUUGCGGCAUCUGAUCAUGGGACAUUACAGACCGGAGCGAGCUAAAGCCAGAGCUACCUGGUUGUACAACCAUAUACUGAGAACUAGAGCAAGUUUUAUGAAAUUUGCUCGAAGAAAAUUGCAUCGUGACUACAAAUAUUCUUCAGGAGCAUCGCUUACGUUUCGUCAGUGGAUUGCGGAUCACAUACCCUUCCAGUGUCUCAAAUCUUUGCUGGGAUUAAGCGACAAGGAGCCACAUUGUCUACUGUGUGGCAUUACCCCAUCUACUGAACCAGAAUCUGAACUCACGAGAUGUCAGACUCGUGGAUGUCCAGGUAUAUACUGCAUGAGCUGCUUCCAAGAUAUUGGAGCAUUAUGCACAAUAUGCAUGUCACCUGCUGACUACGGGGACCUCAGUGAUGUCAGCUUGGAAAAAGGUUCUUCUGAUGACAGUGAUAGUGAGCACGGCGAUCCAGGAGGAGAGACAUUGCAUGAGAAUGUGCCUCUACUCCAAAUGGAGGAAGUAACUAGAAGAAAUUUUAAAAAGUCAUCCCACAGCUACGAUCAACGUUGGCAAUUCUUCAAUGAAAGUGGUCCAGCUGGACUAAUGGAUGCCAUCGAGAUGCCUACUAAUACCCAUGAACAAGGCUCUUCCGCUCCAAACAUUCUUAGACGAUUUCACAGUCUGACUAGUAAUUUGAGAAUACGUUACAAAGAAAAGCAAUACACCCUUGACUGGGUAACAAAAGUCCGAUCAGAAAACACGUACCACGUAAUACCUGAAGAAAAUAAUAACUUUCAUCCUAGCACUUUCGAAAUGGAAGAUAUGUUCAAUGAAACUAAAUCAGUCGGAGUAAAUACUGACAGAAACCGUGGUAUGAUAAUAAAUAUAUUGAUGAACAAUUUUAGCCAACGAAGGAUACAAUUCUUUCGAAAUAAACACAAAAAUAUGAAAUCUAGUCACAAACAAUACAAAGAACAGCAAAUGAAACACAAUGUCACUGAAACCAACAGAAAGACGAUUGUGUUCACUAAAACGUUACACUCAUACAAUUUAACUAUACCGCAAAUAAACACAAAGAAUAUUUUAAGAAACAAGAAAAAUAAUAAAACUAAAUGUAAGAUGAACUUGACUAAAGAAUUUAACGGCACAAUGAGUGUUAUGAAAUAUUUUAUGAAGAGCAGUGACAGUGACGUCAUGGAAGUUUCAAGCUACAACAACGAUAUAACUCCAGAUAAUGGGAAUACUGACUAUCCUCCCGGUGAUAAUACUGAAGAAGUAAACAAUUCUAUAGAUAACACAGAUAGUACGGCCCUCCCAGACAAGAAUAAUAAAAAGAAAAAUUCGAAGAACAAGAAACAGAAAAGACCAAGAAAACCAAAAGAUACGAAGAAAAAUAAAAAGAAAGGCUCUCGUCAUGGGAUCAAUGAGAUUCACACAUUCUUUUCUAGCCGAUGGACUAAUUUUAAAAGCAGUUUAAUGAAAUCAAAGAGGUCAGAUAGUCCAACGGCUAAUGAAAAGAAAAAUCAUAAAAGGAGAAAAAAGCGAAAAGGUUGCAGUCGAGAAGUUAUAGAAACUGACACUGAUGAGUGUUUUGAAAAAAAAGAUAUAAAACAGACGAGGAACCUUCGGAUAUCAGCAUUCCUAGCUGAACUGGAAUGGUCGAAGAAGGAGUAUAAGAAGGAGAAGGCUGCUGAAGGGAAAAACGAUUCGUUCUUAUUUCCCAAAGGCCCACAGCGGAUCGCUACUAAUAAAAUAGUAGGUAUGGUACAUCUCAAGAAUUUGCCCUUCCAGUGGCGGGAGGCGCCAAAGCAGGAUCCUCCCUGUGAGUGUCAAGACACUAAAUGUUCCUGUCCAGAAAAAUCUGACAAAUGUAUGAAAAUAUUUGGACGUCUAUCUAAAUGUAAGUGUAAAUCAUUUUACUUCACGGAAGUUUGUUAA